AUGGCGGACUCCGAAAAGCCUUGGGUGAUCGUUGUUGGCGCGGGGCCUUCUGGUCUACUACUCGGUCUCAUGCUCGCGAAGAAAGGCGUCCGAGUUCAUGUUCUAGAGGCCGCUCCUGAGUUGGACGACUCUCCUCGUGCGGCGUACUAUGGACCACCGGCUGCCCACGCAUUACGAACCGCUGGAGCGAUCGAUGAGAUACGGUCUGAGGGUUUCGACCCAGUCACGAUGUGUUGGCGAAAGCUCGACGGCACCUAUCUUGCCGGGAUGGACAACAGUCUGAUGCACGAUGAUCCCGACCGAUUAGCAUGCCUACCACUGGCACAGCUCGAUCGAUUGCUCUACCGGAAUGCCAUCCAACAGCCAUCAUUGAAGGUAUUCUUCAACCACAAAGUGGUGGACCUCGGCCAGGAUACGGAGAAGGCGUGGGUGGACGUCGAAACGCCCGAGGGGCCGAAACGGCUUGAAGCGACCUACAUUGUUGGCUGUGACGGUGCUUCGAGCAUGGUUCGGAGAAAGUUGUAUGGGUCCGACUGGCCCGGGUAUACGUGGGAUAGACAAAUCGUGGCGACCAAUGUGGCAUAUCCCUUCGAGAAGUACGGCUACGACGACGCCAAUUUCUUCAUUCAUCCCGAACAUUGGCACAUGGUCGCGCGCCUCACCAAGAACGCAGAUGGCAGCGGUUGGUGGCGGUGCAGUUAUGGCGAAAUCGAAGGACUCUCCCGAGAAGAGUUGAUCGCCCGCUGCCCGAUGAAGUUCAAAGCCAUGUUCCCUGGGAAUCCAGAUCCUGAACAGUAUGACCUUGCCGCUAUCAGCCCUUAUAAAAUCCACCAGCGGCUAGUGGAGAGUAUGCGGGUAGGCAGGUUCCUGCUCGCUGCAGAUGCUGCACACAUCUGCAAUCCUUUUGGUGGUCUUGGACUCACGGGUGGUCUUGUUGAUGUCGAAGGGCUAUAUGAGUGUCUGCUCGGCGUAUACGAAGGCAAGGCCGACGAGAGCAUCCUCGACAAAUACUCUGAAGUUCGCCGGGAAAAAUAUCAAACCAUCGUGGAUCCGGUCUCCACGGACAAUAUCAAGCGUUUGUACACGCAGGAUCCAGAAAAGGCACUUGAAACCGACUCCUUCCUCAAACUCCUCAACGACAUAAAAGACGACCACAAAGCGCAGAUCGAGUUCAUGCGGUCGCCCAUGGCACUUAUGUACGACUUUACUCAGCAUUACAAGACCGGGGCGGCCGCAACAGGUGCUCAGGACAGCAAGAACGGUGCUACCUCACACAUUGAGCAGGUUGCAGUGGUAGGAGCCGAGUAA